AUGAGUGUUAUCGAAUGCAGUUGGAUCCCCAUUGAAGCAGUUCAAGUCACUCAAGCCCCAAGAAAGAUUCCAGCCAUGUUACGUGGUAAGAUGAAACAAGAACUCGAUCGCAUGGAAAAAGAACAAGUCAUUGUUAAAGUGGACAAGCCUACAGUUUGGGUACAUAAUCCUGUGAUCGUCGAGAAGCCCAAUGGGAAGCUUAGAGUCUGUUUGGACCCACGAAAGCUCAACAAAUAUCUAAAAAGAGAACAGUACCAGUUACCAACGUGGGAAGAAAUUCCAAGCAGAUUGCAUUGCGCAAGAUUUUUCAGCACUUUAGAUGCUAAUCAGGGGUAUUGGCAGAUACCUCUGGAAGAUGAAUACUCAAUACCCCGUUUGGGCGAUACCGAUUCCUGAGGAUGCCUUUUGGUAUCCAUUCAGCACAAGAAGUAUUUCACAAGAGAAUCAACCGUCUAUUCGAAGAUCUAGAAGGAGUCGAGACUGACAUAGAUGACAUAUUGGUUUGGCGAAACACAAUCGAAGAGCAUGAUCAGAGAUUACAAGAUACCAUAGGCCAAACCAAGAUGAUCGGAAUGACCCUCAACCCUGACAAGUUUCGUGUAACGGAGGUAACCUACCUCGGACACAAACUAACGGGAGAGGGAGUACAACCAAAUCACAGAGUAGAUACAUAUACAGAGCUGUAACUGACCGUUGUAAACACUGCGGAAGCUUACGUUUUCAUGUACCCACUUUUUUUUCAGGCGACCGGGCAAAAAAUUAUCAACUGCGCGUGCUCGGCAAGUUCCGCGAGCAGUUAAAGCGAGUCGUCAUCCAAUCAGAUGCAUGCAUCUGGUAACUUGUCGAGCAUGCGCACAUCCACUCUGUGACCAGAUCAGACGAAGAUCGAGGCCAUCAUCAACAUGCCAGCGCCGCAAGACAAACUAGGAGUGCAGAGACUACUUGGAAUGGUGAACUACUUAGCAAAGUUUAUUCCAGGAAUGUCCGAGAUUACGGCACCGUUGGGGGGAGCUUGUGAAGAAACACGUUCCUUGGCACUGGACGGCGAAUCAUGAAGCUGCAUUUGAAAAAAUAGAAGAAACCCUUUCAACCGAUCGCGUUCUGAGAUACUAUGACGUCACGAAGCCAGUUGUACUGCAAACGGAUGCCUCAAGUACAGGUCUUGGUGCAGUAUUGCUGCAAGAUGGGUUCCCUGUUGCCUAUGCCUCCAGAACGGUGACAACGACACAACCUGAUCUACAAACCAAGAAAGCUUCUCAAGGUCGCAGACACUCUGUCAAAAACCCAGUUGGCUGAAACUGCAGAAGAAAUCAGCGAACAAGAUAUGAAAUCCCAAGUUCAUCUCUUAUGCGAAUCUACCAUGUUCCAGUGAAAUCCUUGAGGAACUGCGCCAAGAAACAGCUCGAGAUCCUGUUUCACAGAAGAUUAUCCAAAUGCUUCGAGUGGGAUGGCCGCAGACGAAGAAAGCUUUGCCUAAGGAUCUAAAAGAAUACUUGAAGCACAAAUUAAAACUUAGUGAAAACCAAGGAAUCAUUCUCAAAGAUCGGAGAAUACGAAUACCACUAGCCUUGAGAAAAAAGAUUGUGGACAAAUUGCACCAGGGUCAUCAAGGUAUUGAAAAGACGAAGCAACGGGCGAGACAAUCAGUUUUUUGGCCACGAAUUAAUAAAAACUUUGAAGAUUUGGUAUCAAAGUGUUCUCAUUGUCAAGAACUAAGAAAUGCUAAUCCAAAGGAAGUUGGAACCGCUAAUCCCGCAUGCAGUUUCACUGUAUCCAUGGCAAGUUGUCGGAACGGAUAUAUUUCUUUGGCAAGACAAGGACUAUCUAUUGGUGGUGGACUACUACAGUCGAUGUUGGGAAGUGGUCAGACUCAGAAGUAUGAAAGCAGAUUAUGUCAUAGCUGA